AUGGGAACUAGCAUCACUGUGGUGGAGGUUCAUCAAGACCGUACUGAUGACACCUCUGUCCUUUCCAAGCCAACCCCAACUGUUCGACCCGGAUUUACAAGGUCGGAAAGCACUCUUGUCGCUCAAGAGCUCGAUGAAAAAAUAGUCAAGAGCAGUUUGGAUACCAAAUUAUAUACUGAAACAGCCGAGGAACACAAUCCAGAAGCACAGAAAGAAUCGACUGAGCCGGAAAUCGGAAAGCUCUCGUCAUGGAAAGGCGCCCUGAUAUUAUUAGUCACCGCAGGAGCUAUGUUUAUGGAUAAUGUAUUCAUCACCAGUAUAAACAUCGCACUGUCCGAUGUGCAAGAGGAAUUCAGUAUCCAGUCAUCAGAGUUACAAUGGAUGAUUUCAGCGUAUACCCUCGCCUUUGGAGGAUGUCUUUUGCUAUCUGGUGUCUUGUCUGAUAGAUAUGGCCGGAAGCCCAUGUUGAUUGCCGGUCUGAUUUGGCUCUCAAUAUGGACUCUCGCAAUAGGUUUUACAUCCUCUUUCAUUCAAAUGACUGUCUUCAGAGGCCUUCAAGGAAUGGGCGCCGCGUUUACGAUCCCCUCAGCUGUGGGGAUAAUCAGCUCAUACUUUACUGGUCAAGACAGGACGCGCGCCCUGGGUAUAUAUGCGGCUUCUGGUGCGGUCGGUUUCACAGCCGGUCUUGUGUUGGGCGGACUUCUCUCUUCGUCCCUUGGCUGGCGAUACAUAUUCCGAUUGUCAGUUAUUGUCAGUGCCCUGUUAGCCAUACUUGGUUUCAUAGCGCUUCCUUCCACCCCCAUCAAAAAACAUUCCAAGUCCAGAAUGGACUUUUUGGGCGCUUUUCUUUCAACUGCUGGACUUAUCCUUCUAGCGUUUGUGUUAUCUGGUGGUGGUGUCUAUGGUUGGGGGAAGGCAUUUAUCGUUGUCCUUCUCAUAUUGUCUGUUACUCUUCUUGUUACAUUUGUCGUCUAUGAGAGCAAGAUUAGUAACCCGAUCAUGCCACUAUCAUUAUGGAAGAUCCGCAAUUUUGCAAGCUUGUGGGUAUGCGGAUUCGCUGUGAAUGGCAGCUAUACAACAGUCUUAUAUUAUACAGUACUCAUAUCUCAACAAGUCGAUAAGCUUUCCCCACUUGAAACCGCAAUUCGCUUCAUACCUUCCGGAGUGCUCGGCUUUGUGGUAACGCUUGCCACUACAAGAGCUAUUGAAUCUUUUGAUGGAAAGUACAUAUUGAUUACGGGAUUGUUGUUCGAAGUCCUGGCCCCGCUGCCAAGCUGUUUAUUGUCGAGCUCCAAUUUCUGGGUCAAUGUCAUGCCAACCUCGUUUUUGAGUAUCACCGGAAUUUCGAUUGCCUAUAUCACAUGCAGUACCCUCAUGUUGGUCAAUGCUCCCAUGAAUGUGAAAAGUCUAUGCGGAGGCAUGAUCAAUACCGCGUACCAGAUCGGUGGUGGAGUUUCCCUGGCUAUAUGCUCUGCCGUUGUGCAAGGAAUUGACAUCAAUAAAGACCAUGAUGUUGCCCAGCAGUACACAACUGGUCUCUGGUGUACCUCGGUUAUCGCCGGCAUUGGACUCAUCUUUGCAGUAUUCUUCCUGAAAAACGACCAUUCUGCAUCAAUGAAGAGCUCUUCAGAAACCUCCCGAGCUGAGAUUCUAGAGCACAUGGCCUAG